AGCAAAAUCUCCAUGCUCACCUGGUCAGCUUCAUCUAGAAAAAUGAGUCUUCUAGCCAAGGUUACAGUGCUUGUUUCUGCCGUGAGUAUGCAAGGAAUUUAAAUAUAACCUCGACAUUUCGAUGAACUUUGUGAGGUUAUUGAAGCCACCAAGUGAUACGAUGGUUUCUGAGCAGUGUUUACCUUUGUGAUAACUUCAUCUCCCCCUGUUGUUCAAACUGAUAAAACACAGCCCUCCGGACUCGGGCAAGGUGCUCCCUUCCUCUUAUUUGUAAGCAGACAUGAAGCAGACAGGCCCCUUCUGAAGUUUUCUGCAUGCUGUGUUUUCUUUCCUCGCUGCAACAAGAAAAGCCUUUUUUUUUAAUCUGGCUUCCUUUGAAGAAGUGACUCAGACAUCUUCAUGGCCUCUAAAGAUGCACAGAACCACAGAACUAGAGGUCUCCCUGGUUUUCUUCCUGGAGCUCCAGGCCCAGAUCGCAGCCUUCAGCUCUCACCUCCCAACCCAGCGAACCAAGUGUGGCAGCCGGGUCUCCCUCCACCAGGCAGUCUCCCUCCUGGUCUAGAAUAUUUAAGCCAGCUAGACCUGAUAAUUAUACACCAGCAGGUGGAGCUUCUUGGAAUGAUACUCGGCACUGAGACCUCCAACAAAUACGAGAUUAAAAACAGCUUGGGACAAAGACUUUACUUUGCAGUGGAAGAAAGCAUCUGCUUCAAUCGUACUUUCUGCUCCACCCUGCGAGCUUGUACUCUGAAGGUCACAGAUAACGCGGGUCGGGAGGUGAUGACAGUAAACAGACCCCUGAGGUGUAACAGCUGCUGGUGCCCUUGCUCCCUACAAGAGUUAGAAAUCCAAGCUCCUCCUGGUACUAUAGUUGGUUAUGUUGCACAGAAGUGGGACCCCUUUCUGCCUAAAUUCACAAUCCAAAAUGCAAACAAAGAAGAUAUUUUGAAAAUUGUUGGUCCUUGUGCAACAUGUGGCUGUUUUGGUGAUGUGGAUUUCGAGGUGAAGACCAUUAAUGAAAAGCUCACAAUUGGGAAGAUUUCAAAGUACUGGUCAGGAUUUGUAAACGACGUUUUCACCAAUGCUGACAACUUUGGAAUUCACGUUCCUGCGGAUCUGGAUGUGACGGUCAAAGCCGCCAUGAUCGGCGCUUGUUUCCUCUUCGAUUUUAUGUUCUUUGAACAUUCACUGGCUGGACUAUAACAGGCAAGAUGACAAAAGCAAUAAAAUAUGCAGAACAUUUUUCAAAAUCCCUUGGGCUGUGGAUUUCAUUUCUGAAUGGUUUGAGUAUUUGCUUUUUUUGGUAACAAAAUGUUAAUUAUUAUAUUUAUUAAAGCAUAAUAUAAUGAAGCAAUUAUCUGGUUGUGAACGCAUGAUAGCGAAAGACAAGAUUACCGGCCCCAGCACAAGGGUGCUUUGAGAGAUUACUGCUCCUCUUUUUAUCUUUUUGAAGUUAUUGCAUGGGUGCCUCUGUCAGCAUGAAGUCCCGUCAGUGAACAAAGCAGCAAGGGACCUGCCCUCUUGGAGCUUACAUUCUAAUACAGAUGGAUAAUAAACAGACAACAAAGAUAUCCUAUAAUCACAGGUGACCAUCAAUACUGAUGAAGCAUCUGUUACUCAAUAUCUAAAAUGAUAAGCUGAAUUUAUUGCUUGCUGAGGCGAGGGAGAGUUGAGCUCGUAAGACACAGUUAAUACGCAAAGAAGAGAGCUUAUGUAGGGUUUUGGAAAAAGUGUGGAGUUUAGAAGCUGGCAUGUUGACUUUAGCUGUGGAAACAUGUUGACCUGAGUAAGAUUCUUGCUGACUGGCUGGCUCUCAGAGAUCUGUUCCCUGGACUGAAGCUGCUGCUGAUGAUCCAGUUUUCUGAAGUUGAUGGCAGGGGACGUUACUGGUUUUCUUUCAGAAGUGCAUGCACUUUUGUCAUCAAUCACUGAUUGAUUAAACACAUUUAGUCCUGGUUUUGAUUGUGACUCACUGCUAUGAUGAACGAACUGUCAGUUUUUCCUAGGAGAGUGAGAACUUUAUAUUCCCAAAACCAUGAAGAAAAUAAUUCAGGAUAAAUAAAUAGAGAACAAAGGAGCUGCUGUUACAUUUGAGCAGAGAACGGAAAAAAGGCAGCAAUUCCUAAGAAUAUUUGGGAAAAGAGAGUUCCAGGCAGAUGGAAAAGCAAGAUGCAAGGGCUCCGAGUGAAGAGCCUGCUGGGAAAGUUUGAGAAACACAGGAUGCCUGUGCAAGUGGAGUACAGUCAACAAGAGGUGUGAGAUGCAGCAGGAAGAGCGGCCAGAGCCUAAAUCAUAGAGUCUUGCAAGGCAAGGUCUGGAGGAGGAAUUGACGAAGCGUGGCACUUGGUUGGAUGUGGGAUGUAAGGGAUACUAAGAACUCAAGGACAAAGCUCCAGUUUCUGUUCAGCCCCACUUUCCAUUGUGGGAAAUGGAAGGUAUGGCCAUGCCGCUCAUCAAAACAGGUGCAAUUCAGUGCUACAGGUGCUGUGAUAAAAGAAUGUACUUGAAGGCACGAAAAAGGGAAGCAUUCAAUACAUUUAGGGCGGGAGGUUAGAACCCUUAGAGAUUAGAUAACACAUGAGAGGACUGUGUGUCCUCCCGGCCAGGUGGGGUCAAAGCCAGGACCUAUAGGCCUGGGAGAACAUUCCAAGCCAAGAGCGGAGCACAAAGGCAUAGAAGAGAGAAACAUCCUCGGUACCACCAAGAACAAAGAGGCCCCAGGAGUUUAGGAUGCGCCUACUGAGAUCAGGCUCCUCUUGGGCAGUGAGGCCGUAGUUUCCCACUCUGCUGCGCUCAGGUGUCCUCUAAGCUGUAGCGCUAGAUCAGGAUUCAAAGAAGAGCUGCUUCUCUCGGAUGUAUGGAAUUUCUCUCUACUUGACGGAAGCAUCCUCUGAGGGCUUUGAAAAUUGUUUUGAAACUAAACUGAACUCAGAAACUGAGUCUGAGUGAACCAACAGAUGUGGAGGAAAAUACCCCCAAAACAGAAAGAAACCUUGAAUAUCCUUUUCUAUCCACAGUAUCCUAGAGGAAAGAUACUAACACUCGUUAAAUAAAUUAGAGAAACCCAUAUUUCCCUGCAAAAGAGAGGAUUUGGGAGGUGAUCUAAAGAAUCAGAGCAUAGCCCAGACAGCAGAUAGAGCAGCUCACUAGAAACUAAAAUUCAGAUUUAUCUGAACCUUAAUUAGAGGUUUAUCUACAUAUACACUUAUUUUAGAUUUGUUGUUUUUAUCAAAAUGAGAAUAAACCUAGAAAAUAACAUAAAAUUUGAAUACUUUACUCAUCCUAUUUUUAUAGUUCUGUCAUAGUGUCUUUAAUUGUUAAAAUUAGAGGAAAAGGAAAUUAUUGUUUAUACUAUUUUGAGUUCUCAAGUUGAGCAGUUUUUCCUUUAUAUAAACUUUGACUU